GUUUUGGUGGAAUCCUGGUGAAGGUGAGCUCACCGAGAGUCGCCGGCGGAUUGCCCCUCCAUACGGGACUCACCGAGCAAAAUUACCCCUCCACUCGGUGAGCCCAGGUGAAGCCCCACAUCGCCAGCCAACCAACCAAAUGGACGAAUGGCUCAGUGACUCAGGCUGGCCGUCGGUCCGCAAUUUUUUCUCUGCGGGUGACAAACAUCGGCCACAGCCCUCAGCCCAGCGACCCCUCCCCCUCCUUGCCUUUUUUCUUUCUCGUCCCCCUGCAGCCCAGUCCCCGUCGUCGAGUCUCUUAAUGACUAGCGUCGCGCGCUUCAUAUUCUCUUCUUCUUCUUCUUCUUCACUUCGUUCAGCCCACGUUUAUCCCACAAGUCUUCGACGAGGAGCGUCUUCUGCCGCCUCAGCCUUCGUCCACUACCCUCCUCGACGACGACCUCCAACGUCCACCACGCGACUCUACUCCUCGACGACCCCGAACCGGUCGACCCUCGCCAAACCUCCCCCGGCCCCCACCAUCUCGCUUGCGACAAUGGCCGACCAGAUCACGGCGCAGCUCGAGAAGCUCUCCGUGAGCAAGCUUGAGUCCUAUCCCGGCUGCUACCCCGAAGUCAACCCCAUUGACGUCUACCGUUCCCACAUCACCUCGCUGCUGCAGCCUGUCACCGGCGUCGAGAGCACCAUCAUCUACAACGCCCUCCAGUGGACCCAGAGCUUGGACAAGGGCGAUUUGGUGCUGGCCGUCCCUGCCCUUCGCAUCAAGGGCAAGAAGCCUGCUGAUCUGACUGCUGAGUGGCUCGACAAGAUCCCCGAGUCUCCCUUGAUCGAGAAGCCCGUCUCUUUCCAGAAUGGCACUUUCCUUCAGUUCUGGUUCAAGCCCGGCCCCCUUUCCCAGCUCCUGGUCCCCCAGGUCCGGUCCCGCGGCGUCGACUUUGGCAAGAACCCCAACAACGGCCUCAAGAACACUGAAGAUAAAUCCCAGGGCAAGAAGAAGAUCAUUGUCGAGUUCUCCUCCCCGAAUAUCGCGAAGCCUUUCCACGCUGGUCACUUGCGAAGCACCAUCAUCGGUGGCUUCAUUGCCAACCUGUACGAUGGCGCCGGCUGGGAUGUGACCCGUAUCAACUACCUUGGUGACUGGGGAAAGCAGUACGGUCUCUUGGCCCUGGGCUUCGAGAGGUUCGGUAGUGAGGAGGCGCUUGCCGCCGACCCCAUCAACCACCUGUACGAGGUCUACGUCAAGAUCAACAAGGAUAUGGCCGACGAGAAGGAUCAGAUCACCGCAAAGGAGCAGGCCGGCGAGGACGUCACCGCGCUCAAGGACAACAGCCUCGACGAGCAGGCUCGCAAGUACUUCAAGGCCAUGGUUGAUGGAGACGACAAGGCCGUUGCUCAAUGGAGGCGAUUCCGUGAUCUCAGCAUCAAGCGUUACAAGGAGACCUACGCCCGUCUCAACAUUCACUUCGACGAGUACUCAGGCGAGAGUCAAGUCUCUGAGGCGGAUAUGGAAGCUGCUGCCAAGCAGCUCGAGGACAUGAAGAUUUCCGAAGAGUCAGAAGGCGCCGUCAUCAUUGACUUCACCAAGCACGUUCCCGGAAAGCCGGGCAAGAGUUUGGAGCGCCCCAUUAUUCGCAAGAAGGACGGCACAGCUCUGUACCUGACCCGUGAUAUCAGCGAGCUUCUCCACCGUCAAAAGAAGUACAACUUCGACCACAUGAUUUACGUCGUCGCGUCUCAGCAAGAUCUCCACUUGAAGCAGCUCUUCAAGAUUAUCGAGCUCAUGGGCCAUGGCGAGACGGCCAACAAGUGCCAGCACAUCAACUUUGGUAUGGUUCUGGGAAUGAGCACCCGCAAGGGCACUGUCAAGUUCUUGGAUGACAUUCUGCGCGACGUCGGAGACAAGAUGCACGAGGUGAUGAAGAAGAACGAGGCCAAGUACGCCCAGGUCGCCGAACCGGAGGCUACGGCCGACAUUCUUGGCAUCAGCAGUGUGAUGGUGCAGGAUAUGAGUGGAAAGAGGAUCAACAACUACAAGUUCGACAUGGACACCAUGACCUCUUUCGAGGGUGACACCGGACCGUACCUCCAGUACGCCCACGCUCGCCUGUGCUCCAUCUUCCGCAAGGCUGGAGUCGCCGAGGAGGAGAUUGCAAAGGCCGAUCUUGGCUUGCUGACGGAGAAGCAUGCUAUUGAGCUGAUCCGCGUCAUUAGCCAGUACCCCGACGUUGUGCAGAACACUCUCAAGACCUUGGAGCCCACUACUGUGCUUACGUAUCUGUUCCGCCUCACGCACGUCGUCAGCAGCAGUUACGAUGUGUUGCGUAUUGUUGGAAGCGAAGCUGAGCUCCAGAAGGCCCGCUUGGCGCUGUACAUGGCCGCCAGGACCGUGCUCUUCAACGGCAUGCGUCUCUUGGGACUGUCCCCUGUCGAGAGAAUGUAAGCUGGCAUCAUGACGGAAUCAUGACUGUGAGAGACGAGAGUGGAAGGAAAAAGUGGUCGUAUCAAGAUGACUUGAACAACCAAACGGCAGUGGAGGAUUAUGAGCAGAGUGACCUACGGCCACAAGAGUGUUCGUACCAAUGACGAACACGGGCAUAGGAGCUACUACUGCGUAACAGGCCGGCAAAACGGCUACUAGCCAUCAGCCACAAUGUGGUGCCAUUUCAUGAUGGCCGACGACGCGAACCGGUGUGGCGUCGCACAAAAUCGAGACGUUUUCGAUCAAAGAAGCCAUCGACCGUUUCGGUGUACUACAAGUCCCCGUGGCCGUCUGUGGCCGUCGUCGUUAUCGUCGGACACACAGCAUGAGCCACACAGGAUUCGCGUGCACCAGCCCAUUAGUGCUGAGUAAUUGAAGAGACAAU